CCGAAAAGAUGGAGUGUCUUCCGCACGAUGCCACGGAGGCUGCGGACCCCGGAGGAGCCGGACCGUUCAGGAGCUCCGAGGAGCCGGAAGGUCGGGAACCGGACGGAGUGCGCUUCGACCGCGAGAGGGCGCGCCUCCUGUGGGAAGCUGUGUCCGGUGCGCAGCCGGCGGGGAGGGAGGAAGUGGAACACAUGAUCCAGAAGAACCAGUGUCUCUUCACUAGCACCCAGUGUAAAGUUUGCUGCGCCAUGCUGAUUUCUGAGUCUCAGAAGCUAGCACAUUACCAGAGCAAAAAACAUGCCAACAAAGUGAAGAGAUACCUAGCAAUUCAUGGAAUGGAGACACUAAAAGGGGACGUGAAGAGGCUAGACUCAGAUCAGAAGAGCAGCAGAAGCAAAGACAAGAACCACUGCUGCCCCGUCUGUAACAUGACCUUUUCCUCCCCUGUUGUGGCCCAGUCGCACUACCUGGGGAAGACCCACGCAAAGAACUUAAAGCUGAAGCAGCAGUCCACUAAGGGGGCAGCUUUGUCGAAACACCUUACAAAUCCUUUCCUUGUGGCCUCCACCUUAGCCUUGCAGCAGAAUAGAGAGAUGCUAGACCCAGACAAAUUCUGCAGCCUCUGCCAUUCAACAUUCAACGACCCCGCCAUGGCUCAACAACACUAUAUGGGGAAGAGACACAGGAAGCAGGAAACUAAGCUCAAGCUCAUGGCGCACUAUGGGCGGCUGGCGGACCCUGCUGUCUCUGACUCACCAGCUGGAAAGGGCUAUCCCUGCAAGACAUGUAAAAUAGUGCUGAACUCCAUAGAACAGUACCAAGCUCACGUCAGUGGCUUCAAACACAAAAACCAGUCACCCAAAACAUUGGUGACACUAGGGAGCCAGAUGCCAGUGCAAACACAACCCACUCCGAAGGAUUCAAGCACAGUGGAAGACUAGAGCUGUCUGCCUGGUCAGUCUUGGUGGGAUAGCCACAAGCCAGUUCCUGGUGACUGUGGUUAGCCCAUGACUCCUCCUCCUCCUCUCUUAUAUCAGAAGAAUAUGGAGGUAUGAGGCCAACUUGGGCUGCAGAUCUGCAGAUAGCCUCUGACUGUGCCCAGAUGCAGCUCCUCCUGCCCUCCUCUUUAGCAUGGCCCUGUGGUCAUGGCAGAGACAGGGCACUGGGAAGACCUGAGGUGGUGGUGUAGAGGUUAGCCUUCCCCGCCCCUCUGGGUGUAUGUCCUACAGUCCCAGUGUCUGUCUUUUCUCUCAAGGUCAGUUGGGAGCAAGGUCCUGCAGAGAAGGGAGAGAGCACUAUCUCUGGGCUCCAGGAGCUUGGUGUAGAACCUUGGAGCUCCUUCCCUGUCCCUCGAGUGUGCAGGCUUGCGUGGUAUAGAUCUGCCAGCCAGGAAGUCUCCUGGAGCACACAGAGUCUUGGCCGAGCACUGCCGUCUCCGCCGCCUGUCUCUCCAGUUCCCAAGUGGUGCUAGGCAUGUACAGCAGCUAGGAGCUUGAGGAGACCCCUGUGCCCAGUGAGAUCAUUGGAAGCACCUAAGGGAGGCUUCGUCCAGAGGUGGUCCAACCAGGGUCCUAUGAGAAAGUCUGCCACCUUCCUUGAUUCUCUGCCCUUCUAGGUAACUGCCUCCUGCCAGCCUACUCAAAGAUCACUUGGUGUUAGCUCUAGGCCCUUGUGUAGUGGGCUAUCCCGCCCAGUUUGCUGUGGUGCUAUCCCUCCCUUGCCAUUCUCAAGAAGAUUCAAGGGGAACUGCAAAGGAAUGUAGAACUGGUGCAGGUUCUACAGUAAGCAAAGGGUCCCUAGACCCUCAACUGAGAGAUUCCUCCUGGGUCUGUGUCCUGGGAAUCCAGUGCAGUGGGCUUCAUAUGACUGGAGCAGGGCUUCCAGGAAGUAUCCCUAAAGCUUUUAGAGAUAAAAAUGCUUCCUUGUUAAUGCAAUUGGGCACCAUGUAGGGAUGGGGCAGGGCUUAAACUCUUGUUCUUUGAACACACUACCAUCCAAAUAAAGAAUUUCUUGUGUGAGUCAGGCUGUAACCUCAGCCCUGGUUUACAGCCAUGUUGAUACUGCUAUGGCAUCCCCACACAGUUGGCCCCCUCAGUAACCAUCUCACCCCAGGAAAAGUCUCCCUGAUGCCCUAAGCCCAAUCCAGUUCAACCCCCCAGCUAUCUGAUUUAUUCUUGAGAUAGUCACUCUGGCUACUGAGGGGAGGGCUGCAGAGGCCAGUAUGGAAGGUGUGUCUGUAAGGCUGUUUGUCUCCAGGGUAAUUCCUUCGGGGCAGACGUCCACCAACCUCAUGUCCGGGAUGCUGUGUCUUUUUUUUUUUUUUUUUUCUUUUUGAGACAGGGUUUCUCUGUGUAGCCCUGGCUGUCCCGGAACUCACUCUGUAGACCAGGCUGGCCUCAAACUCAGAAAUCCGCCCACCCCUGCCUCCCAAGUGCUGGGAUUAAAGGUGUGUGCCACCACUGCCCUGCCCAGGAUGCUGUUUCUUAAGCUCUGGAUAUGUGGGUGAUUGGGUGGCAGCGCUUAAAGACAGGUGUCCUUUCUCACUCCACUUAAAGAACUGUAGUUUCCACGAAGUUCUAGGCUGUCUGGUCCCUGGGAAAGCCUUUCCUUUCACUCAAAAAUAACAGGGCAAAGAGCAUUACAGCUUGGAAACGGAUGCAGAUGGGCCAGGCCAGGCACCACCAGCCCCGGGUCCUUGCAGCACACUGCUCUGGGCACCUGCCCCUAGCAAGCUCCUGACUGAAACUCUUGACUCCCAGAGUAGGGUCUCUGCUCUCUAGGCCACCUCAACAGUCUGCCUAGGAUUCUGUACAGCCUGAUGUGUCAGAGUUAGUAACGACUAUGAGGUAGGGAAUUGAAAGAUAAGGUCAUGCGUGGGCUGACUGGCCACUAGCCCUUGUCUUGUAAGACUUCUUUCUUUAAAUAGAUUCAGGAGUCCCUGACAGCUGUGUGUCUAGCACUACGGGUGUGGAAGCCCUGGAAGUAGCUGAUGUUGCCCUUUGGAAGCUCACACACUUGAAAAUCAUGAUUUGGAGAGUCAUAUGGGGCAGGUGGGAGUGUCCAGGGCGCAAGCAGUAACAGCAUGGAGUAGAAGGCAGAGAGAGAAACUGCUGGUCUACGUGGCUUUGGGAGGUUUGUUUUCUAGUUUGUUUCAUUUAGCCCAGGCUGGUCUCAGACUUGUCAUUUAGGAGGCUAGCCUUGAGCUGCUGAUUCUCCUGCCUUUACCUCCCUAGUUGUGGGUUGGUAGGCAUGUGCCGCCACACCUGUUUUUAUCUGUGUUAUUGUGUGUCUGGUUGCCUGGUUUGGUUUGGUUUUUCAGGACAGGGUCUCAGUAUGCAGCCCUGGCUGUUCUGGAACUCACUCUGUAGGCCUUGAACUCAGAGAUCCACCUGCCUCUGUCUCCCCUCCCAAGUGCUGCAAUUAAAGGCGUGAGCCACCAUGCCUGGCUGAGAAGGAGAAGUGUUUUUAAUACUAACUAGUAGUCCUUUAUUUGAAUCAGUCACAACCUAGCUUUGUACUGUUGAGCAGUUGUAUUGUUUCUCCUUGAGGUUAUCUUGAAUAAAGCUGCUGUAAAAACUG